CACACACGCACAUGUACACAUACACACACACACACACACACACACACACACACACACACAUAUGCACGCACACCGCAGCCUCCAAGAAAAGCAGCCGCAUCAGUUUUAGAGCAACGCUCCCUCCCUCCCUCUUUCUCUCUUUCCCUCCUCCUCUCUGUCGCUCUCGCACUCUCUCUCUCUCUCUCUCUCUCUCUCUUUCUCUCCCACUCUGUCCGUGCCUCUCUGGCAGUCGCUCCGUCUCUCAGUGUGGGAAUGUAGCAGACGCACCUCAGCUGACGAAAAAAGGAGCUUUUUUUUGGGCGGGAGGAAGAAAAUCCUGCGGAGGUUAUGGACAUCUUGGAGAGACUGACGCGUGGACAGAUGGGAACUGAGAUUUGAAAGGGGAAAAAAACGAAGUAAAAAAAUAAACAGGAGGAAGGCAAGAGGGAGACCUAGUGAGAAAGAAAAAAGGAGUGGAUCUGGCAGAUUUAAGAAAGAGAAAGAAAAAAAACCCUGCUCGGCCAGUCAUCCAUCCAUCCAUCCAUCCGUCCACCUACCCUGCCCCGCGACAAACACUGUCCCAGGCAGAUAACUCAUUCUCUUGCUCCCUUGCUCAGCCUCCCUCUCUCUCUUACUCUCUCUCUCUCUCUCUCUCUCUCUCUCUCUCCCUCUGUCUGUGUGCUGGAGGGAUUACCGGCUGCAUCCGCACCACUGGAAGAGAGAGAGGGGGGGUAAAAAAAGCCAGAGGAAGGGAAAAGAGAGCGAAAAAGGGGGGACUGCGCAAAGCAGAGUGAACGAACGAACGGACGAGUGAGAGAGAGAGAACGCGCGCACGAGAGAGAGAGACGACAGCUCCUGCCAGAGAACAGCCCUUCGGAUCCUGACGCUAACCCGUCUCUCUCUAUCCCUCUCACCAUCUCUCUGUCUCUACCCUAACGCCCUCAUCUCAUCACCAUCUGGAUAGGGAGCCUGGGCUGGAUAGCGACGAGACACCGUUAACUACUGCUGCUUGCCUGCCUGCCUUGUGCGAGUGCGUGUGUGUGUGUGUACAUCUGCCUGCCUUCCAGUCUUGCCUGCCUGACGACACACACAGCUGUUACUGCUGGCUACUGGUGCUGGGACUCCUGCCGCAACUACUGGAGUGUGUUUCUCCGUUUCCCCCACCGCGUUCCCUUCGGCAGCUCUGAGAUCGCCGUGGUAACUGCCGCUUUUUGUCGCCGGUUGUCGCCGGGGCGUCUGUGUGUGCCUGCGUGCAGCUGCUGUUCUCGGAACAGCACUCGGCAGCGGAGGAGGAGGAGGGAGGAAGGGGGAAAAAAGCUGCAGAGGUUUUUGCUGGGGGAGAGAAAAGCAGCCCGCCUGGUACGUUUGGAUCGGUACGGAUUUACAGCAUCGCCUGAUCUGACGCCCUGCCGUUCUCGGGAUCAAUACUCUCCUUCGUUUUCUUCCUCUUCUUCUACCAACCUACCCCUCUUCUUUUUCUUCGUCUUCUUCUUCUUUUUGAGCUCCUUCUCUCCUUUAUCUUUAUUCUUUCCCCUCUCUCUCUCUUCCCCUCUCUCGCUCUCCUUUCAUCUUCUUCUUCCACUGCUUGUUUUUUUUUCUUUUUUUGUGUCUUUCGCUCAGCCGAGCGCUUUGGGAAUAACCAAACGGCUCUCUGGACGGCUGAACUAGGCGGAGAAGCACGUCUCAGCCAACCCCACCACCACUACCACCCCUCCAGUUCCCCCACCCCAAUUCUUAAGCUCCUCUUGUUCAUCCUCUCGUCUGUGUGUGUGUGUGUGUCUGCGUGUGCAUUUGAGUGUGUGUCUGUGACUGUGUCUGUGUCCGAGGCUGUAAUUAUCCCGUGUGUGUUUAAAUCUAUAUUUGGAUUAUGCAUGAGCUGGUGAGUUUCCUCUCCACUCUUUUGAUCUGGGGCUAGUUAAUUGGGGUAUCAGUCUGUGUUUGUUUGUUUCUUGUAUAUUCGCGUAUGUGCAUGUGUGUGUAUGCAUGUGUGUGAGUGUGUAUGUUAGUGUCUCCCUGUAGUCAUUUUGGGGCUUGAAUAUAGAUGACGAUGCUUAGCCCUGGUUCCCACCCCCUCCUCACCCUCCACUGGAUGGGCCUGCGUUUGAGUGUGGGUCCAAGGGUGUAAAGCCAGUUUCCCGGAACCUUACCCUACCCCCCCUCCCCUCCCCCUUUGACCCCAACCCACCGGGAGCAUGAGUGAGCGAUCGUCGUUGGGGAUCAACCCCGCCACCACCACCUCCAUGGCCACCCUCACGUUGGAGGAACCUGGCGCUGAACACCAGGGCUCCCCGCGGGCCCCGGGGCCCCUACGCUGCGGCCCCUGCGCCCUGUGGCCCCGCCAACAGACCUGGCUUUGCGCCGUGCCGCUGCUGAUGGGCUUCGUGGGCCUGGGCCUGAGCCUGAUGCUGCUCAAAUGGAUCGUGGUGGGUUCUGUGCAGGACUACGUGCCCACCGACUUGGUGGACGCCAAGGGCGGCGGUCCGGACCCCUUCUUCCUUUCCAAGCCCAGCACGUUGCCCAAGGGCUCGGACACCACCACCACCACCACCAUCAGCACCAGCAGCACGAGCAGCAGCAGCAGCUCCACCCCGAAUGCAGCCACUGCCAGCACCGGAUCCCCUGUGGUCACUGGCUCGCCCAGCCGAGCAGCCAACGGCACGGCCUUCGUGCAGAGGACUCAAGUGGGGCCUCCUGCCAACCACACGCGUAGCAGGGGCGCCGGAUACCCCAACAUCCGUGCGCCGGGCGGUGGCGGCACGCCCACAACCACCACAACCACAACCACUGCCCCCAGAGGUUCCCCCAAGGAGACCACUAAUCGUAGGGGUGGAGGAGGGGGCCGGAAUGGACCUCCGUCAGACACCACCUCUACCACAACCACCACCACCAAGGCUCCCACAUCCACCUCCACUGUGGCGGCCCCGGUCAAGCCCACGCGCUGGAAUCACGGACGCUUCCCCAAGGGCUCCUCCACCACGCGCCCGCACCACCGCUUCAGGACACCAGCCCCCACCAACCCAACGCCACGCUCAGAGCAUUUCAAGCGCUGCCAAGACAAAGAUCUGGCCUUCUGCCUGAAUGAGGGAGAGUGCUUCAUCAUCGAAACUGUGGCAGGGGUGCACAAGCACUGCAGGUGUAAAGAGGGCUAUCACGGACUUCGCUGCGACCAGUUCGUCCCCAAGACUGACGCCAUCUUAUCUGAUCCGACAGACGAGUUGGGCAUAGAGUUCAUGGAGAGCAGCGAGACCUACCAGAGACAGGUCCUGUCAAUCUUCAGCAUCGCCAUGGGGAUCAGUUUCCUGGGAGUGGCUUGCAUGGCACUCUACUGCCGGAACAAGAGACUGAGGGAGAAGCACCGCAGCAACCUGGCCGAGAGCCGCCACCUGAGGGACUGCUCCAUCAACGCCUCUGGCCUCAUGUCCAAAUCCAGCCCCAGGCCUCCGAGCGGCCCCCAGCCCGAGCGCUGCUGCAAAGCGUAUGGGUCCUCCCUUCCACAAGGUGGCAGUCCUGAGCCUGGCUGCUCAGCAGUUUGCCCACCUAUUCAACUCGGAGCCUCUCCCAAAGGGAAACGCUUGAGGAGCGGAUCGCUUUCCGUCAGCCCGUCCCAAAAGCGAAAGAGCUCCCAUCACUGGACUCCGCCCAUCGCCAGGAGUAGGCACAACCUGAUUGGCGCGAGAGAUUCCGGCCACGCCUACAGACACCUACAGGAAGUGGAGGCCCCGGAAACCGAACCCUCAAAGAGGUGUAAAUCCCAAGUGGAAGGGGAUAAGGAGCGACGCCACCCAUCUUUGAAUAUGCAAACUGGGGAUUUACCAGCCCAGCCCAAGGGGGGUUGGAGGGGGUUGGCUGAGGUCCCGUGCACCCGUCUGGACAAGGGGACCGGACACAGCAGCAGUGCGAGGGGGUCUGUAGGGGAGGCCAUUUGUGUGCCGGAGCCCGGCAACCGUGGAAACGUCCAUCUUGAGACUGACUUGGGGUCAGCGGAUUGGCCCGCCGAUGUGUGUACUCCUGUCCCCGAAACCCUACUGGGAUCAGCGGCGGCGGUGGCGAGCCAUGGCCAUUAUCAUCAUGCACUCGCCAUCUGGCCCUCCGAGGUGUCGCAGGGGUCAGGGGUCGCAUCCAAACACAAAAGCCUUGUCACCUACACAACAGCCUUGGGAUCCGGCAUGGGCGCAGCCCACGUCACCACCGUGGUCUCGGCGGAACCGACGGCGGUGCCACGGCCAGGGGGCCAGAGUGUGCAGUACUCCGCCAGACUGCAGCCCGCGGGCUCCAGCUCCAUGGGCCCCCGGAGACACGGUCCUGCCAGGCUCCAGGCUCCUCCGCACAGCACCGGGGACAAGAAGGCAGGCCAGGGCAAUGGCCCUCACGAUUCCUCUGUGGCAGCACCACAGAGAGGUCCCUUGGAGUCUGUCAAGGCCAGGGAUGGGGCCACACCCACGGUCCUCACGAGCUGA